AUGGCGGACGCAAUUUCGGGACUUGGAGGAGGCGGUCAAGCGACGCCUUACACCGUCAACGCCGCUACCGCCGCUUCCUAUUCGGCCGUUGCCACUGUCUCCCUUCUAGGUGGUCCCUUGGCCUCGCGACUCGGCGUCAAGGCCCUCCUGAUUUUUGGAGCGGUCACAUUCCCGAUCAACGGCUCGGCAUACUAUGUCAAUUCCAGGUACGGAAUUCAGUGGUAUCUCAUUUUUGGGAGGUUCGUCUAUGGUCUAGGAUUCGGUGCUUGGUAUGUUGCGGAGGCGGCGAUCAUCCUGAGUUAUCCCGAGGAGAGGAGUCGUGGAAAGUAUCUCGCGGUAUGGGUCAUGAGCCGAAACCUCGGGCAACUCGUAGGAGGAUCCAUCUCUCUCGCUAGAAACAUCAAAAUGGCUGGAGCCGGAGCGAUCGCAACUUCGACCUAUCUCAUCUUCGUCGGCAUCGAAGCCGCGGCGUUCCCUAUAUCCUGGUUGAUCUCGCCUCCCCACAAAGUCAGGAGGAACGACGGAACUGCGAUCCGUCCGGGACAGAAGCUGCCAAUCGUUGACGAGCUCUGGUUGGUCUGGGCAGCGCUCAAGCACAAGCGGACACUGCUUCUCUCGGCGUACUUUUUCUAUUCCUACUUCUAUGGAGGCGUUCUCGGUACCUACCUCACGCUCUAUUUCAGCGUCCGAGCCAGGGCGAUGUCCUCGAUCAUCGUCCCAGGCGGGAUCAUCGUCUUCGUCUUCCUCUAUGGCCUUAUACUCGAUAAUAAACGGUGGAACAUGAAACGCAGGGCGCAGAUCGGGUUCAUCGUUGUCACCGUUCCCACCCUGGUCUCCUUCUGCUGGCUGGUCGCCAACCAGAAAAAGUUCAUCGAUAAGCCUCCUGGUAAGAUGGACUGGACGGCCUCCGGGUGGGCAAACGCAUAUGUCCCAUUUUACAUGAUGCAGAUUCUCGGUUACAUGUGUCAGACCUACAUUUACUGGCUCAUCUCGUGCUUUGCGGAUGACGUGAACGCUAACGCUAGGAACGGUGGAGUUUUCCGAGCGAUCGAAGCCAUCGGUCAGGCGGUCUCAUACGGUAUCAACGCGAAAGCGGGUAAUCGAAUGAUACCUCUGGGGAUCAACUUUGGACUCUUCAUCUUGGCCAUUCCCGGAUUGGUCAUGGUGGUCCAGUCGGUGCCCAAAGAGCGCGAAGAGACAUUGCAAGAGUCUCUGCCCAUAGGCGAAGAAGCCGGCAUGUCUGCCACGGUCCCCGAGAUCAAGAACUCUUGA